CUGUCAAGUGACGUGACGUAUGGUGCUGUCGUGGCGUUCGAUUCCAGAGAGAAAGAAAGUCGCAGGUCGCCGAGUUGGAUUGCCGCUGAGUUCCACAAAUUCUACCGAUUCCUCAAUAAAAACCAACUCAAAACUUGAGUAAGAUGUCCCGUCAACUGUUCGCUAUUUGCCUGAUUGCCGCCGUUUGUGCGUCCGGCGUCUACGGAAGCUGCAAGGCCACAGUGAGCUCCUUCAGCACCCAGGAUGCCACGAUUCUGACCCAGCUGGCCCAUGUGGGCGAGUUCACGCUGCAGUGCAGCGGAUCCGCUCCCGCCAGCCUGUUCGCCGAAUUCCCUUGCGGCAAGGUGGUACCGGUGGCCAAAGUGGGCGACAACAAGUACCAGGUGAGCUGGGUGGAGGAUAUCAAGCAGGGCAGCAGCGGCAAUGUUCAGGUGCGUCUCUUCGACGAGGAUGGCUAUGCCAAUGUGCGCAAGGCACAGCGCGAUGGCGACAAGGUUUCAUCGGUAAAAUCGCUGCUGGACAUUUCCGUGCCAACCAAGGGUGCCUACAAGGGUCCCUGGAUCAAGGCUGAACUACUGGCCGCCUUCUUGGUCGGCGGUUUCGCCUACUUCGCCUUCACCACCAAGGGCAAGGUGCAGUCCUAAGUAAAGAUGCCUUCGUCAUCGAGAUCUUGAAUGAAAUUCAUUCGCACUAAAGUCAUGUACCAUCAAAUUGCCGGGUCCCAGAGAUUUUUCCACAUUUUGUACACCUAAGCAUCGGAUCACCCGCCGCUCCAAAAUAAACUGAUUGAAAGACCAA